AUGCAGCGAGACAGCCACGAGAUGCGUGUGGAGGAGUCGGUGGUCAUCAUCAUUGCGCUCAUUGGGCUCACAGUUGUGGCUGUCUGCCUGGGCCCCUCCAUCGUGGCUUUGUGCGAGAAAUUUCUGGGUGGUACAGAGGAGGUGUUACUGGCUGUCGCCUGUUUAGCUGCGAUGAUCCUGUUAGCAUGGAUGAUCGCAUCUUGGUACAUGGCGCAGUCGUGGAAGCAGUCUGCUGAAGAGAGUGUCCGGCAGUCUCAAGAGAGAGUACAGACCCUGAAGAAGCGGAAGUUUGACAACCAGAGCCAGCACCAAAAAGCAGUCGGGGACAUUGAAAGGCAGUGGCGGGCCUGUGAGCACCAGGUCCUUCAGAAGAAGGACGCCCUGCUUUCUCUUAGUCAAGUAGAUGCCGCAGGCAACGCAGCCACCACCGCGGCGGAGGUCAUGAUGAGGUAUCAGCUGGUUGACACCUGGCGUGAGAACACCCAGAGGAGCCUUGCACGCGAGCAGGAAGCCCAGGAGAAGUUCUUCCACAAAACCUCGAAGGACCUCACCUACGAAAUCGACAAGGAGGAGGACCGUCUGACCAAGCUGCUGAACCUGCAGCCCAUGCUUGCCAGGUACAUGCUGAGCACGGGCGGCGCGUUGACGUCACAGAUUCGGGCCCUGGCAGACCUCAAGGACCAGGGCGCCGGCCGCGCGUCCACGCUGCGCCGCCCGCUGCUGGAAGAUGCAUAG